AUGCCUGUCUUCCGCUUCAAGACCCUCGUCCCGCUCGUCGCCCUUUUCUCCAUCAUCGGCUUCUUCUGGGGCAUGCAGCGCUAUGAUCGGGCCGCCCUGUUACGGUUCAAGCAGCCGGUCGACCGUGGAGCGACAACCCAGCAGACUCCUCAGAUCCAGCUCCAGCCAUCAUCGCCUCAACCUCCGAAAACCUGCGAAGCGGAUCCCAAUAUCAUGCCUCCCUUGCCUUUCACCGAGUGGCUCCCUCGCAAGAACUAUACGCGCGCCUACUUCCGGCCUCGCUUUGUGAACCCCAGAGCGGAAUUCAACACUCUGGAGGACGUCAAUGUCCCAGUGCUUCCCAAGAUGACCGUGAUGGAGCGUGGUAUGGUCAUUUCUCCCGAUAGCACGGAUCCUUCGUCGAUGCCGUGCCCUCCCAUCAUUGAUGUUGAUGUGGCGGCCGACGAUGCAGUGGAUGAGACCGAUAAGAUCCUGUUCGGCCUGGCCACCACUGCGGACCGUCUGGACCGUCUGCUUCCAUCGCUGCUCUAUUCCUACGGUAACACCAAGGCUGGUCUGAUCGUCCUGGUUCCUGACUCGGAUGACGACCUGGAUAAGCAAAUGACCUACUUCCGCAACCGCGGCUUGGAUCUGACUCUGAUUAAAUCCCCACUGGACUUCACGGCUCGUUACUUCGGCCUGGUCCAAGCCUUUGCGGAGCACAUCCGUACCAAGCGCCCCCAGACCACGUGGGUCAGCUUCAUCGAUGAUGACACCUUCUGGCUGUCCCUUCCCACCAUUGCCGAGGAGCUGAAGCUCUUCGAUGUGAACAAGAAGCACUACAUCGGAGCCCUCUCCGAGGCCAGCUGGCAGGUUGACACUUUCGGUCACAUCGCCUUUGGAGGUGCGGGUGUGUUCGUUUCCAAGCCGUUGCUCGACGUUCUGGAGCAAUACUAUGACGAGUGCCAGUCCUGGGGGGAGCAGCCCGGGGACCAGAAACUCGGCCAGUGCAUCCAGAAAUAUGGGGAGACCCCCCUGACGCUCUGGCCCUCGCUGUACCAGAUGGAUAUGAAGGGGGAAGUCGACGGCGUGUACGAGUCGGGAAGGAAGAUUGAGUCCCUGCACCACUGGAACAGCUGGUACACCAAGGACGUCGUGAAGAUGACGACCGUUUCUGCCGCUGCAGGCCGCAAGUCGGUCCUGCGUCGCUGGGUUUUCGACCAGGAGGAGUUCGUCAACAACUCCACGGGUCGGUCAACUCGCACUUUCUGGGUUAUGACCAAUGGCUAUUCGCUGGUCAAGUACACCUACGACGAGAAUACUCCCGACGAUGCGAUCAACUUUGACCAUGCCGAGAAGACCUGGGAAGAAGAUCCUCGCGGAUACGAGGCGCGCCUCGGUCCCCUCCGCCUGAAGGAUCAGCCCGGUGUUACCAAGGAUCGCUGGUUGUUGAGAGAAGCCUAUGUGGUCGGCGACAAUGUGCACCAGUGGUAUGUUCGUGAAGAAGACGAAGGUCACAGUGUCAUUGAGAUUGUCUGGCUCGGACCCAAAGGAGGCGGUGGUGCUGGAAUCCACGAUUUCGGCGUCCGACAGCGUCAUUGA